AGUACUGUGCCCGUUGUUUCAGUUUUUAUCGCUGAAUGCUUAAUUUAUAUUUGAAUAAUAUGUAUUCCGUGUUUAUCUGAGAACUAUUUCGAUGAGCGAUAUAAAAUUGUAUAGUUAUUUUGGAUUAUAUCAUUGAUUGUGUGAAUUUGAAGAUGGUGGACUGGGCAGCAGUUAGACAUCAAUUUAAACAAACUUGGAUAACUUCUUUUCUCAGUCUAAUUUUAUUUUGUGGAGUUACAUAUUUCUUGUUAUGGGCAGAGAAUCAAACAAUCCAAAGUAAUUUAAUGCUUGAGGAAUUAGUAUCAGCUGCUGAGAGUAUCGACGUCCAUACGGGAGAUGAAGCGGCGCGUUACGAAGGCCGAGUGGUCCACAUAGUUGGCCCCCUCAGAAUACUGGAGCCAAUAUCUGAGCCAGACUAUAAUAUACAAGUACAAGCAGUCAAACUGAGAAAGAGGGUACAAAUGUAUCAAUGGAUUGAAGAGACUACAGAGCAAGAAAACUUCUUAAGUGAACCUGCAGACGAGUCUCGCAAAACCUACUGGUACCACAAAGACUGGCGGGACUAUGUGGUGGAGUCAUCUCUGUUCUACAUCAGACCGGGCCACCACAAUCCUCCUUCCAUGCCAAUGUUCAGUGAGACACAUAUUGCUGAAAAUGUUAAGAUUGGAUGGCUUUACUUAGGUAUGGACGCAAAACGCAAAGUGAAUGACUACUAUGAGAUUUGGUCUGACUCUAGACCAGAGCGUAGUGAUAUCAAACUUCACUCUGGUUUCUACUACCAUGGUGAAAGUGCAUUAGAACAUGAAAUAGGUGAUCUUCGCAUCCAUUUCUCUUAUGCCGGACGUGAGGAUGAUAUUUAUACAGCAGUGGGGGUGGUAGAAGGUGGCAAUCUUCAGGCAUAUAGUCCUACAAGAUUUCCAACUGCCGAUCCCAUCUGCCUCCUGCGCAAGGGUUCCUACAGUUUGAAGCAACUGCAUGACUUGGAGAGAAGGGAUGUCAAUGUGCACACCUGGAAGUAUCGGCUGGUGGGAUUUGUGCAAGUAGUUGCAUCUGCAAUGACUUUACACCCUGAUUGGGUAACAUUGUUUUUACAAUGUCAGUGGAUAUCAAGCAGUCUAAGGAGGUGCACAAGGUUUUGGGUGAACUUAGUCCUGUCUUUUUCAUACACAUUAUUCAUCAUUGCUAUUCCCUGGUUGGUCCACAAGCCGACAUACGGUGCCAUAGUGCUAGGAGCCGCAAUGGUCCCUCUUCUGCACUACUCAACUAUAUUAACACGACGAGACGCCACGCCCGAGCCUCCACCCUAUAGCAGGAUUAACAACAACACACAUUUGAAUUGAACAGCCUGUUAUAAAGGGAGGAAACUAUGUGGUAUGAGGAUAAGAGGAGAAUAUAAGACCAUUCUUGGGAGAACUGCUUAUUGAAGCUUUCAUGGUAAACAACUUAUUUGCUUUUAUUUGAGAAUUGAUUAUUACAUUAAGGCCCUGUUGCACUGGUUGCCGAUAAAGUGGCAUUAGUUAUCUGAUAGUUCAUGACAUUGCCCAGGAAAAGGCAAUGCGCAACUUUAUCAGUAAUUGGUGAAACUGGUUAUAAAUCAUAUUCUUAUCUAUGUACAUGUAUGCAAUUUUUAUCCCAUCCUGAAGUAGUGGUUUGAAUGUACCCUCUCCCUGAAAAUAAUGUGAUUUAUAAUUUUAUGCCAGUACAAAGUGGAAAUGCCUGAUUUCAUAGUGACAUAUAACAAACGUACAUAAUCUGUCAGAAUGUUAUUAUUUUUGGGCUUUGUUCACAUUACAUUAGAAAAUUAAAAUUGUUAUUUUCUAUUUAUUAUAUUUUUGAGGAUAUUAUAAGUAACGGAUUUGUAAUCCACAUCUAUUAUCUAGUCUGAAUGUUGUUAGUUUAUAUUGUAAUAUGUAAUAGAUUAAGUAGACUGAUUGUACUUAUCGUAAAAUUAAUAUAACAACCGUACAAAAUAGAGACACUUAGUAGUUUAUAUAAAUGUGUAAACCCUGUCCAAUUAUAAUAGUGAUAAUACUUUAUUACUAAGAUUUUUGCGGAAUAGCCACGAAGACACAAAUGUACAUAAAAUCAUAUAAGUAUAAAGUAUUUAUUAUACCUUCUCAGCACACACAUAAACUAUUAAUAAUAAUAUCUACAAAGUAAAGAUAGAAAAAUGUUAAUUUACGUGAUCUUUGUAACGUAAAAAAAUAUGGUACACAGGUAUAAGUUAAGGGUUAUGGAGGAACUUUGCCAAACGCACGAAAAUGUGAUAUGGUGGUGACAGAUUUUUAUUUCUUAAGAAUAAUUUUCUAAAGCCGGCCUUCCGAGAGGCCUGGCUCGCGACAGUAUUUCCUAUUGUGACAAAAAACGCUCGGUCGAGUUUGGGAAUUGUACUUUAGUGGGUAAACAAACUAUGAAAAAUAAAAUAUGGUAGAUGUUUCGUGUCGAUACAUUUGAAUUCGUAAUUUUGCUUUGAGUGCACUUUAACUUUCAAUGAUCUGAUUUAUAAUCAUAGCAAUAUUUAAGCAGUUAAAAAAUGUAUUAAUUCAAUUAAUUAUAUUACACAGCUUUUAUUUCCUACAUUUUCAGCACGGGUAUAGAUAGAAUUAACAAUGUAAUUUAAUAAAUUUUACUCGAAUAUAACUAUUUCAUAUCCUGUACAAGGUACAUAGGUGAACCAAUUAUCUUAAUAGUCUAGCUUUUAAAAUUUUACCUUUAUGGGUAUUUAUGUAGUUGGUAACACAGAAGUAAAGUAGUUGUACACAUUAUCGCUUCAGUGUCCUUCCUAUUUUACUAAAGCACAUACAUGCUUCCAAAUAAUUCAAGUAUAUUUGAUACCCCGGGUUGUGAAUAUGUAAUUGCAUUUUACAGUUCUGUCUCUCUGACUGCCGCUAAUCUUCUUUGUAUGGAAUACUAUUUUGAAAAAAUAAACAUCUCAUAAACUUUUA